AUGCCUGCUGUUAGUCAAUGUGCUCACUGGUCUGCACAACUUCAAGCCAACACCCAUCUGCGCUUGAGGGGAAUGGAUGACCCCCCCCCCCCCCCUCCAUCCAGUUCAUCCAUUCGAUCUGUCUCAAGUGAUCCUGGACCCAGGAUCACAGUUCAGUGGGGGAAAGAAGAUGCUCUUACUGAUAUCCUUGUAGAUCACAUAACAUCUCACCCUGCUGAUAGUUGCAUUCUCUUCUAUUCCAAGGGUAAGAAAAUGGCUUCUACUGAUGGUGAACAGGCAUCAGGCAAGGACAAGAGCAACAUCUAUGUUGUCCUUGCCAAGCUCAUAUUUGCCAAUCAUGCCAAAUAUGGCACUGGAACCAUCAGAAUCCAAAGAAAUUUUGCAAUUUAUCUCAAAGUUAGAUACAAAAAACUCAAGGCUAGAUUAGGUGCCACUGGAGCUGGUAUACUACCUGUUGAAAUUUGUGCUGAAUGGAAGUGGUUUGUGGACCUUGAUGGUAUCUGUCACUUGAGCCCUGUGUUUGCAGUGGUGUCACACUCCUUGAGGCUAGGUGUUGAUCACACUGGUCAGAUGUAUGCACUUGUGCAACCAUCAUGUGGUGCAACUGCUGGUGGGACCUUGAGACAUGCACCAGGUGCCACUCAGCCCCAGCCCCAGCCCCAGCCCCAGCCUCAGACUUCCUGCAGCAUGAGCACUCAGUCCCUUGGCAGCAAUCCUCUGAUUGACCCAUGUCUUCUCCAACCUUCACCUCCUCUCCCUGAUACCCCUUCACCCACUGGCCCUGAUGCCCACCUUCACAGCCUCUCUUGCACUGAUGACCUGCAUCAUUCUGAUCCCUUUGCAUCACCCCUUGGUGAUGCUCUGGACCACCUGCAGGACAAUGUCAUGAUGCAGGAGGGGGAGGAGGAUGAUGAUGACUUGAUGCAAGAUGACAUGAUGGGCUACAAUAGUCCCCUGAAAGUUGCAGGGAAAAAGUGGUGCAGUUUUGUAUUGCCCUUGCCAUCUCCCCCUCCUGACCCACAGCCAUUCCACAUGCCCACAAAGGCACCUACCAACCCUUACCACAGUCAUGCUGCAUUUGGUCAGCUGCCCAUCCAGGGGCAUUACAAACUGCUGUCGAUGUUGUGCAACUUGUUGACUCCUUCAUCCACAACUUGUAACAUGACCCCAUCAUCUUCUUCAACCUCACAGACAUUGGUAUCAGCCCAACUGGAUAGUGGCAAGAAGAAGAAGAAAGCUAAGUCAGAUGUGCAGGAUCAGGUGGAGAAUUUGAUGGAGGAACUUGAGAGCAUUCAGUCUGACAUCAUGUCCCUUUGGGACUCCAAGUAUCAGUGGUUCAUUGUGAAGCUCUUGGUGAAGAGUGAAAAUCAGUGGGAGACCAAGAAAUACAACUGGCUUUGUGAUACAUGUGCACAUGAGGCAUCUCAAGCUGUCCUCACCCAUUAG